AUGGGGUGUGAAUCUGCCUUUUGGGUGGCAGCACUUUUGGCUCGACUGGUGGACUCGGUGGUAGUGGAGUUGGUGGCAGCAGUGGUGGCUUCGGAGGCAGCAGCGGAGUUGGUGGCAGCAGUGGUGGCUUCGGAGGCAGCAGUGCAGUUGGUGGCAGCAGUGGUGGCUUCGGAAGCAGCAGCGGAGUUGGUGGCAGCCAUGGCAGCGGUGGAAGCCUUGGAGGUGGCAGCACUUUCGGUUCUAAUGGAGGUCUUGGAGGAUCCGGUGGAAGCCUUGGUGGUGGCAGCACCUUUGGCUCGACUGGUGGACUUGGUGGUAGUGGAGGCGUUGGCGGCAGCAGUGGUGGUUUCGGAAGCAGCAGUGGAGUUGGUGGCAGCAGUGGCAGCACCUUCGGCAGUGGCAGCGGCCUGGGUGGUUCAGCAGGCGCAAGCAAAGGCGGGAGCGGCCACCUCAGCACCAGUUACGGCGUACCUAAUUAGUGCUUGAAACGGUGAAUUCCCAGCACUGAGAAGGCUGUUGCUUCUCUCAGUAUGUGAUGUACACUUUCGCAUGUGUACAUUUGUGAACGUGACGUACAAUGGGCUGCUAACAAUAAAUUGUUGAUACUUCAAUAAAUCAUUAAUGGCUCAAUUUCUGAGGAACCUAAUUAUCCAGGAAAGAAGUUGCAAAAAGAAAUUGAUUGGACUCAAUCUAUCCAAUCGAGAAACAUGAAAAAUUAUUCUAAAAUAUUUCUUGCUUGUAGUGGAAUGUCUUUGUAAUUAUAUGUAAAGAAUACAUCUUUUGUGUUUCGUGGAACAAAACAAUAUAUGGCUGGUAUUUUUUAUUCCACUGUAAUAAAAGAAUACACGUUUUCUUUUAUGUUUUUUCUCUAAUAAAUGAAGAUACACAGUA